CGCGGCCUGGCGCGCCCAGGCCGUUUCCUAGGAAACGAAACACACAAGAAGCCCGAGCUUCACAAGGGAGCGAACCAGAGUGUUCAUAAAAAUGGAAGCAGUGUUUCUUUGCCAGAUUCUUCAUUGCUGUAUCUCAUGAGCCUACCUAAUCUUGAGGAAGAGCCUGUUUUGAAUGAUGACACUGUCACCAGUGUAACGAGAAGGAAAACCCCCAAUAAAGAAGACUUUAAAUUCAUAUUCAACAAGGAAGCCGUUUCAGUCAACAACUUUUGCUGCAAUCCUUUCUUCCAACAUGAACCGAUACACAACCAUGAGGCAGUUGGGGGACGGCACGUACGGGAGUGUGCUGAUGGGCAAGAGCAACGAAUCUGGGGAGCUGGUGGCAAUCAAGAGGAUGAAGAGAAAGUUCUAUUCUUGGGAUGAAUGUAUGAACUUGAGAGAAGUUAAGUCUCUGAAGAAACUGAAUCAUGCUAAUGUGAUUAAACUAAAAGAAGUUAUCAGAGAAAAUGACCAUCUUUAUUUUAUAUUUGAAUACAUGAAAGAAAACCUCUACCAAUUAAUGAAAGACAGAAACAAAUUGUUCCCUGAGUCAGUCAUCAGAAAUAUUAUGUAUCAAAUACUGCAAGGGCUAGCAUUUAUCCAUAAGCAUGGCUUUUUUCACAGGGACAUGAAACCCGAAAACUUACUUUGUAUGGGUCCAGAACUUGUGAAAAUUGCUGAUUUUGGACUUGCAAGAGAAUUAAGAUCACAACCACCAUAUACUGAUUAUGUAUCUACCAGAUGGUAUCGUGCUCCUGAAGUUUUACUGAGGUCUUCAGUGUACAGUUCUCCCAUUGAUGUGUGGGCCGUGGGGAGUAUAAUGGCUGAGCUGUACACAUUAAGACCGCUUUUCCCAGGGACAAGUGAAGUUGAUGAAAUCUUUAAAAUCUGCCAAGUUUUAGGGACUCCUAAGAAAAAUGACUGGCCGGAAGGAUACCAACUUGCAUCCUCCAUGAACUUCCACUUCCCCCAGUGUGUUCCUAUAAACUUAAAAACUCUUAUUCCCAAUGCCAGUAAUGAGGCUAUUCAACUUAUGACAGAAAUGUUGAGCUGGGAUCCAAAGAAAAGGCCAACUGCAAGCCAGGCACUGAAGCACCCAUAUUUUCAAGUUGGUCAGGUAUUAGGCCCUUCCUCACACCAUCUAGACUCAAAACAGACUUUAAAUAGACAGCUGCAACCAUUGGAACCAAAGCCAUCUUUAGCUGAACCAGAUCCUAAGCCUUUGCCAGACAUACUGGAUCAGCCUGUUGGACAGCUCCAGCUGAACCAAGGCCACCAACCACUGCAGACCAUUCAUCCGCCACAGAACAUGAUGGUGCAGCCACCUCCAAAGCAGCAGGGUCACCAGAAACCGCCACACACAGUGCUUCCAAGUAUCAUCAAAAAUGCGCAAACGAAGCCAGUUGGCAUACUGGGUCAAAAAGGAGCUAGGAGACGAUGGGGUCAGACCAUCUUCAAGUCUGGAGACAGCUAUGAAGACUUUGAAGAUUGUGAUUUCGGGGCUUCCCAUUCCAAGAAGCCAAGCAUGGGUGCUUUCAAGGAAAAGAAGAAGAAGGAGUCUUCAUUCCGGCUUCCAGAGUCUCGACCCCCAGACUCCAACCACUCAACAGGGGAAAACAGGAGUUUACAUGCUGUUUCCCUAAAAUCAGAUACAGACUUUUCAACUGCUUCAACGGCUAAACAGUACUAUUUGAAACAAUCAAGAUACCUUCCAGGCGUGAAUCCCAAGAAUGUGUCUUUCGUAGCCCGUGGGAAGGAUAUAAAUUCAUACGCUUGGCAUAAUCAAUUAUUUCCUAAGUCACUGGGACCCAUGGGGGCAGAACUUGCUUUCAAGAGGAGUAAUGCAGAAGAAAGCAUAAUUAAACCAAUUGAAAACCUAUCAUGCAAAGAAAGUUUUCCUGAAAAACUAGAGGACCCACAAGGAAAUCUUGGAAACUAUACUACUUACAAUCAGACAGGAUAUAUGCCUUCCUUUCUCAAAAAAGAAGUGGGGUCAGCUGGCCAGAGGAUUCACUUAGCACCUCUUGGUGCAACGUCGUCAGAAUAUCAGAAUCAGAACACAAAAACUGGCCAGGGCCAGUUUUCAGGACGUACUUACAAUCCCACAGCAAAAACUCUGAAUAUUGUGAACCGCACACAGCCCGUCCCCUCAGUGCACGGGAGGACAGACUGGGUGGCUAAGUACGGAGGGCACCGCUAGGACAUCUG